AGUUUUGCGACACUUAACAAAACAUUUACGUCGGCGUCAUGGCGUCGUACGGAGUGAAUUUCGAAAGUACGAGCGGUAUCGACGAAAGAAAACACAAUAAACGACAGGCCCGACAAGAUGUGCUGGAAAAGGCCAAGCAGCAGUAUGAGAGAGAAGAGAGGAAAAAAGAGCUGAAGAGGCAGAGAGGGGAGGACACUUGGAUGCUCCCUGAGGUCAACGAGAGGCUACAACAUAUAGUGGAAGACGAGAAGGGCAAGAAGAGGAAAGAGAAGAAAUCCAAAAAGAAAAAGGAGAAGAAGAAGAAGGCCAAGAAGGAGAAGAAGACGGUGGAGGCAGAAGAUGGCUCGAGUGACAGCUCAGAGGACUCUAGGGAGGAGUGGGUUGAGGUUCAGCCCCAGACAAAAGCUGCUAAACCAUGGCAGGUUUCCAAUGAGUCCAAGCCUUCAGAGAGCAACCUCAGCCCAGCUCAGACUGUUCAGAGGGAUGAAUGGAUGACCUUUGACUUCCUGGCUAUGAAGACCACUUCCACAGCUGAUAAGAGGGCUGAGAAAGAACGCCAGAAAGAAGAGGAGAGGGCAAAAGCUCAGGCCAUUGAACAGGCCGGAUUACACAAAUUGGAACUAAACCCAUACUGGAAGAAUGGAGGAACUGGUCUGCCCCCAGAGGAGAAGGCUAGUACUGCAGUAAACAAAGGUCCUGUAGUUAAUGAUGGAGGCCUGGGCUGGUUGAGGAAGAGCUACCAGAGGAUGAAGGAGCAGGCAGAGAGGCAGCAGCGUAGCCUCAGUGAUGUGGUGGCUGAGAGAUAUGGAUCAAUGAAAGAAUUUCAGCAGAAACUUGAUGAAGCUGAGGAAGCUGUUUAUGGAAGGGGGACAGGAAGAAGAGGAGGACGAGGAGAGGGAGAUGGCCAAUCAAGAAGCACCAGAGAGAGAUGGAGGAAAAAAGAGGGAGAUGUGGAAGACGGAGGCCGGUGGAGAAGAAAUGAAAGUGAAAGAGACUUGUCACCCCAAGAUAUAGAGCGAUACCGUGCAGGAAGGCGAAGGGAGGGAGCGAGGGACAGGGACGGAUAUCAAGGGGGAGGAGAAGAGAGAGGUCUAGAUGAAAACGGGUAUAAAGAGAAGGACAGGGACAGACACAGGGAUAGAGAUGGAGACCGGGAAAGGGAGGGAAGAGAUAGAGACAGGGAAAGGGUGGGAAAUGAUAGAGACAGGGAACGGGAGGGAAGAGACAGGGAAAGGGACCGAAGAGACAGGGAAAGUGUGGGGAGAGAUGGGGAGAGGGACAGAGAAGAUGAGGAAAUUAAUAGAAAACGAGACAAACCCAGCAUAUCAUCAUCAUCAUCAUCAUCAUUGUCGCCGUCGUCGUCUUGGAGUCAGCGUUCCCUUACUCUUGGUUCACUAAAAGGUCGCUUCUUGAAACCCUUGGAAGAUGAUGACCAUGGUGAAGAGCGUUGUCCUCCAGUUCGGCAAGCCUCAGGAUUCCUGAAACCCACGUCUGAUGAUGAAGACUCUGGUCCACCUGACACUGGUGCUGCAGCCUGGAAGAGGAGCAGCAAACCAGCCCAUGAAUCUGAGCACUUUGAAAAACCUCAUCAGGAGAAAGAUCCUGGGAAAUCUGUAAAUGCUCCUCAAGAUGGCACACAUGGUGACGCAGCUGAUGUGACGACACCAAGAAGUGAGAGUGAAAGUGAGGAAGAGGAGGCUCCUUUGCUUUCAGAAGAAGAGAUGAACAGACUGGCAAGCGAGAUGCUGAAAGCAGAGCUCAGGGGCAAAACGGCCGUGGUUGAGAAACUAAAGUCACAGCUGGAUGCAGCACGGAGAGCCAAAGAAAAUCAAGCUGCCCAGAAGAAGAAAGUUGAAGCGGAUAAAUCAAACCAGGUACCAGGUCAAUCCACAGAAGACCAGGAGCUCCUGCUGUUUAGAACAGAUCACUCCGGUCGCGCCUGGCCAGUCAAGGCCCCCUCUAGAACACAUGAACCCCACGGAGGACGACGGAAAACGAAACCAAUUGAAACCCAUGCCGAUGGAGAACGCGUGCGCUAUUUCCAGGAUGAUGACAAUGUUGGUCUGCAGGAGAUGGUGCGAAGGGAGAAGAUGAGCUCUGCUCAAGAUCAGAAUGCCCUCUACUCUCGCAUGGCUUCCAAGAUGAUGGGGAAGACAGACGGCGACAACUACACGCUGGAUGACAUGUUUGUGUCAAGUGCAGCACAGCGGGAGGGUGAGGGGAUGGAGGAGGAGAGGAUGAGGAACCGAGCCAUCGGAGAGAGUAGGAGGCUGGCUUCCUCUCUGGAGAAAUGUCAUUACUGCUUCACCAGUCAAGAGCUUCAGAAGCACCUCAUAGUGGCAAUAGGGAGCAAGGUGUACCUGAGCCUUCCUGCAGGAGUGUCAAUGACAGAGGGACACUGUCUUAUCUGUCCUCUCCAGCAUCACUGCUCUGCCACCGGACUGGAUGAGGAUGUUUGGUCAGAAAUGCAGCUAUUCCGGCGUACUUUGGUCCGCAUGUUUGAGUCCCAGGAGCUGGACUGUGUGUUCAUGGAAACGCACAUGAACCCACGCAGAAGACAACACAUGGUCCUAGAGUGUGUCCCGCUGCCCCGGGAGUUGGGUGAUAUGGCUCCUAUAUACUUUAAGAAAGCUAUUAUGGAGUGUGAUGAGGAAUGGGCCAUGAACAAGAAGGUUGUUGACCUCUCUACGAAAGACGUCCGACAUUCUGUUCCUCGUGGUCUGCCCUACUUUGCUGUAGACUUUGGACUCCAGGGAGGGUUCGCUCAUGUCAUUGAAAAUGAGCAAAAGUUCCCCCAUUACUUUGGCAAGGAAGUGGUUGGUGGCAUGAUGGACCUUGAGCCACGGCGCUGGAGGAAGUUGAUCAGAGAGAAUUUUGACGACCAGAGGAAAAAGGUGUUGCAGUUUGCACAGUGGUGGAAACCGUUUGACUGUACCAAGACUGGAGGCUAACUGGACACAUCUCUGACGGCCAAGCAUGUGUUUAUAAGUAGGGAAGAGCCAGUUUGUCACUGUCACAUUUAGUUAAUGUGGUACAGACUCUUUCACACUGUCGUAAAAUUUAGAAAGUUAUUAUUAUGAAGACAUUUUACAUAAAUAAAACAAAUUGUCCUUUUUUUGUAUUAAUUCUUAAUUCGUUUCUUUGUCAGUAAAGCCGGGAAUAAUUUCUAGCCACAAUGCUUUUACAGUGAAAAGCCCUUCUUAUUUCUGCAUCAUGCAUUAAUGAAAAACUUGAACAAAAAAUAAACACUUAUUGUGUUCAAA